AUGGCUACUUCAUCACACAAUCGUGCUUUUCAAGCUUACAAUAGUCAUAAUUUUAAGAAUCGUCCAGCAAUAAAAAAAAAUAUAACUUCAUCAACUGGAGAACCAUUAGUCUUUGGUCGUAUACCAUAUUCAUCAAUAAAAACAACUGUUGACAAAACUCCAUUAAUGUCAACAUGUUCAAAUCCAAAUAGUACUGUAAAACCUAUACCAAUGACAGCGAAACGUGGUUCAUCAAUAACUAGUCUUAGUCAUUUAAUACCACAUCAUAAAAGUUUACAAAUGACAGCAUUAGCUUCACAACGACAAAGUCUUUGGAUAAGUAUAGCUAAAAAUGCGCAAACAGAUAAUACUCAAACAUCUUCACUUCCGAUACUUGGACAUCCACACGCAAAUUUAACACGAAAAAAACUCCUACGUCUAUUACUUGUUUUCAGUUAUUUAUUAUCAAUAUCAUUAUUUGCUAUUGCUUUAGCAACAUUUUAUGGAUUUUUUUGGUCUGGUUAUACUACUACACAAAUGUCAAAUGUUGAAACAUCUGUAUCAUCAUUAUUUUCAUUAAUACCAAAUUCAACACUCAUUGAUACUCAAUUAUCAAUUGAAGGUGUAAGUUAA